AUGGUCAAUUACACUGAAUGGUUAAAAGAACAAAGGGAUGAUGUUUUGUUAUCAUCUUUAGCAAUUCCAGGUACUCAUAAUUCAGCAGCUAGUCAUACAGCUUUACCAUCUGUUCAAUGUCAAGGUGAAUCAGUUUUAAAACAACUGGAACAUGGUGUUAGAUUUUUAGAUUUAAGAGUUUCUAAAAAUGUUUUGAAAAGUGAUGAAAAUGAUCAAAAAGAUUUAGUUAUCAUUCAUGGUAAAUUCCCAGUUAAAUUAUUGGGUAAUGUUUAUUUAAAGGAUGUUUUAAAUGAUGUCUAUAAAUUCUUGGAAGAACAUCGUUCAGAAAGUGUUUUGGUUAGUAUUAAACAAGAAGGUAAUGGGACUUGGGAUAAUGACAAUGAUGAAUUUGGUAAUUUGAUUUGGGAUAAAUAUAUUAAUCCAAAUAAAGAUCGUUGGUAUUUAAACACAAAUAUUCCAAGAGUUGGUGAAGCUAGAGGUAAAGCCAUUAUAUUUAGAAGAUUUGGUGUUAAGAAUGAAGACCGUAAAAGAGAAUUUGGUAUUGAUGCAGCAUGGUGGUCAUAUAAUUGUACAAAUGAUGAUCGUGGUUCUUUCCAAGUUCAAGAUUGGUGUGAAAUUUCCUCAGCUGAUGAUAUUUCUAAAAAAGCUCAAUAUAUUAAAGAUUUAUCUAAAACUGCAAGUGAUUAUAAUUCAACCAAUUCAAAUGAUCCUAAAUUGUUUAUCAAUUUCUGUUCAGGUUCAAAUUUCUUUGAUCCAAAUUGUUGGCCAUCAAAGAUUGCUGAAGGUUUGAAUCAAAAUAAUAUUGCAGAAUCAUUUGGUAGAGGUAGUGGUAUCAUUGUUUUAGAUUAUUCAGAAAGUGAAGAUUGGAAAUUAGUUAAACAAUUGAUUGAUAAGAACUUUUGA